GUUAUUAAAGAUUGUGUAUUUUACAGAAGUUUUACAUCCUUGAUUAAGGCCUUGUGCAGAAACAUGCUUAAAAUUUGAGAUGCUCUGGUUGACCAGAUCCUAGAUUAAACUAGCGUCCCUUCCAUAUGAAAGUUCUCACUCAAGUAUGAUAACUCUAUCUCAUGUUGCCCUGUGUGUGUGGAUCCUUUCGACAAAUGAAAUUAGAGAAAUAUGAGGCUACUAGUAACCAUGAAAAUGCAAAAACCGAUUAAGAAAAACAAGCUUUACAUCAAAUGAAAAAGUUACAUAUGAAAAGCAACAUUACCGAUUAAGAAGUUGACAUUAAUUGGGAUCAGAAAAAAAUUAAUUUGCCCAAAUCUUGGCCUAUUCAUUCAGUCCUUCAUUAUCAAGUAAACUUUCCUGCCCGAAAGCUGCAACUUUUUUCCAUUCACCAGUGUCCUUAUUUAAUUUAGUAGGAAAGUUGAGAAAAGAUGGACCAUGACAAGACUGGAUGUCAAGCUCCUCCGGAAGGUCCUAUAUUGUGCAUCAAUAACUGUGGAUUUUUUGGAAGUGCUGCCACCAUGAACAUGUGUUCUAAGUGCCACAAAGACAUGAUGUUGAAACAGGAGCAGGCCAAGCUCGCGGCGUCGUCUAUUGGGAAUAUUAUGAAUUCAUCAAGCGGCAGUGGAAAUGAACCUGUUGUUUCUGCAAACGUGAAUAUCACAGUCAAUACACUAGAGCCUAAAACUACAUCCGAAGAACCCUUUUUGGGUUCAGGCUUGAAGGAGAAUGGUGAGGCAAAGCCGAAGGAUGGACCCAAACGCUGCAGCAGCUGCAAUAAGCGGGUUGGUUUGACAGGGUUCAGUUGUCGGUGUGGUAACCUGUUCUGUGCUGCACACCGCUACUCAGACAAGCACAAUUGUUCCUUCGAUUACCGCAGUGCUGAAAGGGAUGCCAUAGCUAAAGCAAACCCAGUUGUCAAGGCUGAAAAGCUCGAUAAGAUCUAGGUCCAAUGUAUUGAGGUUUCAUCCAUGAGUUGAUGUUAUGCUCGAUUUCAUCAUGAGAUGACCCGAGUUUCCUCCUUUUUCUUUUAUGUUCUUAUUAUGUUGUAUGUGGUCGGGAGCUCGGAAUUGUUGGACAUCUCUGCAGUUUGAAGCACUAUUUCAUGUGAUUGGAGGAAAAAGAUGUUGAUCCAAGUGUUUGUCAUCUUUAAAUCUCUCCUGGUUUGGUGAAAGUUGGCUUAUCAUUAGCUUUGUAAUGCGCCUACUUUGUUCCAUAUGGCAUCUGGGUAACGAGAACCAUGUGUAAAAUAUUGGCACUCUAAAUCAUGACGGUUUCAUAGCAACUAUUAAA